AUGAAUAAUAAUAAUAGUAGUAGUAAUAAUUCAGUAUUAUCAUCAUCUACAUCAUCGUUAUCAUCAUCGAUGAGUGGAGCUUCAAAGAUGGAAUCUGAAAAGGAAUACGUAGAUGAAUUAUUUAAUCGAUUGUUUGGUAUUGAUAUCUCUACUACAGAUCAGCAACAACAACAACAACAACAACAACAACAACAACAACUUAAUACAAGUAAUAAUACAACAAAACAUUUUAAAGAUUUAUCACCAUUAUCUGAUAUUAUAUCAUUUCUAAAGAAUCCAUCUACAUCCUCUUCGAUCAAGAUCAACAUACUUGAAGAAUUGUCUGCAAUGCUCAGUCAAUCAUCACACAAUUGUAUUAAACUGUUGGUGUCUUCGGGUGAUAGCCUGAGAACAUCAACUUCAUCGACAGGUAGCAGUGGUAGUAAUAACAAUGGAAUAUCGACAUCAUCAUCUUCAAUACCAUUACAACGAUCAACUACUAUUUGCAUACACAAGAAUGUCAUUUUAUUGGAUGAAAUCAUUCAACUCUUACCUAAACUAGACAACAAACAAGUAUUAAGUGCAUUGUCACUUGUUGAUGUACUAGGUAGUCAUCAUAUAUCUGUAUUACAACUUAAAAUAUUAUUAUCUUAUUUGGAUUUAUCAAACCCAAUUAAUCUUUUAUCAAAUAAUGGAUUGAUACCAUUGGUUAAAUGCUUAGAUUCAAUGGCAUUAAAUAAAGGUCCAUCAUCUAUAUUUAAUUUUGAAGGUUUAGGUUCUGGAUUAAUUAUUGAUUCAAUAGAUAAAUUACCAAAUUUGGGAUAUUGUAUUACAAUGUGGAUUAAUAUUAAAACCUAUACGAAUCAAUUUAAAAAUGGGGAACCUUAUGAACCAAGAAUCAUAUCGAUGCUAUCAGAGAAUGGCAGUGGAGUGGAAGCAUACUUUACAAACAAUAGAGGACGUCUGACAAUAUGUGUCAACUCGAAAUUUAAAACACAAGUACAACAUGAAUUCCCAACCAACAAAUGGUUUCAUCUUGUCAUUCAACAAGCACCUUCUAAAUGGAUAUUUAAACAAAGUUCUUUAUUGUCAGUCUAUAUAGACGGUAAAAUUAUACACAGCGAAGAAAUUAAAUAUCCUUCAACAUCAAAAAUUUUAAAUAGAUGUUCAAUUGGUACAAUUUAUUCAAAUAUUAAUAAUUGUUUACAAUGUCAAAUUGGAUCAAUAUCAUUAAUAUCAUCAAGUUUAACUGAUAAACAAGUAUUGAAAUUAUAUAAAAUUGGAUCAAAUACAACUUUAUCACCUCAAUAUCAAAAUAAUGUUGCAAUGAGUAGUAAAUUUCCAAAAUUAAUAUUUUCAUAUUCACCAAAAUCAUUCCAUGGAGGGAUAUGUCACGAUAUUGGACACCAAAAGGAUUCAGAUACGGUGAUCAAUGCACAUGCGACAGGCAAUCUAACGAUUUUAUCAACUUUUUCACUCAAGGAUUCAAUGUAUAGUUUGGGAGGACCUCAAACAUUAUUCUAUCUACUCUAUCAAUUACUCGAUCCUUCUCUUGGUAGUUCAAUCAACACCAGUUCGAGUUACCCUACAAUAUCAUCCAUCUUGACACUCAUUGCACAUAUCCUUACCAAUCAUACAAUGAUUCAAGAUGAAAUGGUAAAAUGUAAUGGCUUUCAAGUAUUGGGUCUACUAUUGGAAAAGAUUAUUAAAUCAAACAAAUCAAUUGAUAUUGGUGAAGAUUUAAUCCUAUCUUUAAAUGAAUUAUUAAAUUCUUGUUCAAAAAAUGAAAUAUUAUUAUUAUCAAUUUAUAAUAAUAUUAUAUUUAAUUUUUAUAUUUGGAUAAAUACAAGUAAACAAAUUCAAAUAUCACUUUUAAAAUUAGCAUUAGAUAAAACUAUAAAUUAUUCAUUGUAUUUUAGAAAAAAUAUAACAGUUAGAUUUUUAUUAGAUUCAAUUAAAUUCUUUUAUACACAAAAUGAUAGAAGACCACCAAGCUCACCUGCAACACCACCAAAAAUUGCAAUAUCAUCCUCAUCAAAUGACUCGUUAUCAAAUAGUUUAAAUAAUCUCAGUGAAUUAUUCCUCAACCAAUCUCUAUCCCUUACACCAUCACAACAACAACAACAACAACAAUUACAUCAAUCUCAUUUAUCACCAAAUGAUAUUAAAGAGAUUCUAUCUUAUAUGUUUACAUUGAUUGAAAUGAUAAUAAUUACCAAUUCAAAUGAUAAAGAUGAAAUACCAGAAAUACAAGAUUUAAUUGAUUUUUUACAAGAUUCAUCAUGUGAUAAUAUAGUAAUGAUUGAAACAUUGGGAAUCAUAUUAAAAUUUAUGCAUAGUGGUACAAAAGGAUUUAUGACAAGUUUUGAAAACUGUGGAGAUUUAAAGUUAUUCUUUGGUUUGUUGAAACGUGACAAUGAAUACAUUCAAGUGUUGACCAUCAAAAUCAUUGGAAAGUAUAUAAAGUCGGGUGGCAAUGCAAAUCGAUCAAAGGCAAAACUUUCAGUUGAAGAUGUCAUGUCACUUGUCACUGAAUCAUUACUCGAAGUUGGACAUAUGACUGAUCUAAUCUAUCGAGCACUGUCAGAGGUUUCAAUUGACCGAAUUGCACCUUCUCUUGCCGAAACACCAAACAGUCCACUAUUGGAUUUGAUCGAUGACUUUGAAAGACAAACCGAUAUUGUAAAUAUUCAUGCCAUCCUCUCGAUUUGUACACUUACUGCUACUCGAGCAUUACCAUCGUUGCAACAAAAAAUCCUCAAUGAAAUAUUCCUAUCACUCAAACAUCUGCCCAACUUUAGAACAAAGAUAUUGGAACAAGAGAGAUGGCAGAGUUGGUUCCUAAGAAUAUGGCCUGACCCUCCCUCUACACCCUCUUCACCGGCUUGGUCACCUCCCCUUUCAUCUACCCCAUUCCUUUUAUCUUCAUCAAACUCUUCAGCAUUUCUUGAAAGUGUCAAUAACAUUAAUAAUGCAACCAAUAUUAGAGUAUAUCAAUCUGGUAUAAAGGAGAUCCUUACCGGUAUAUUCAAAAUACUACUCUAUGAAUGUGUAUCUAAAAAGGAUGGAUGGAGAAUUGUUGAAGAAACAAUUGCAUGGAUUUAUUUUGUUCUUCCCAAUGGCACCCCUCUUGAAAGAAGAAUAUUCUAUGAAUCUUUAGUUAAACUUGAAAUUGAUAUUAAACAACCACCAUUAAAUUUAUUAAUUGUAAAGAAUUAUGUAAAUUUAAUAUCAAUUAUCGAGGAUUUUAUAUUUUCACAAACAAUGAAUAUAUUGACACAUAGAAAUACUCAAUCACAAUGGGAAGAUUUUGGAUUGGUUGCAAAGUUGUUGGAUAUAUUUGAUAUUACUCAAUCGAUCAAUCAGAGCUCUCCACUGAUCACUUCGGCAUCACAGACACAAGAGUUACCAAUCAUAGAUGUUGGCGGAAACAUUGGUGGAGGGGGAGGUGGAGGAGGUGAUAGUAAAGAUCCAUCCAAACCAAAGUCAUCAAUUAAUACAAUACUUAGAAUGGUCAUGUGUGUGUUUCAAGAGGCCGAGAGUUGCUUCUUUGGUGAUAAAAAGGAGGAUGAUGAACCCGACCUCGAGGAAUUAUCGACUGUCAAGACAUGGGGUAUGCCAGUGAUCACCGAAGAGAUGGACCAAAUCAUUGCCAAGAAUUCAACACGUAUUCAGAUUAUAUUGGCCAGUGAAAAGGACCAAAAGGAACAGGUCAAGCAUGUAAUGUGGGUCAUCUCCAACUUGAUCAAUAUCAUCAGACGUUAUAGAAGUAGUAGUGCCAAUGAGAUAUUGCAAAAGACACAGUCUGCGAUGGUGUCGCUUCUCAAGACACUGCUCAAGACCUACGGCGACUUGGUCGACAACUAUCUGCAACCACCUGCGUCUGGCCUGUCGGGUAUCCUCUCGCCCAAGCCGACGACCAGUGCUGCAGCCUCUCCCAACAUAUUCCAGGUACACAUGAUCACCUCGUUGAAUGAGAGUAAUGCCGACGGCAACCAUCCCGAGUUUCUAAAGUACUUUAGAGAACGACUGCUCUACAAGUUGCCGCUACUCGAUCGUCUGCACGAAAUCAAAGAUCAACAUGAAAAUGCCAAUCUCUUACCCGCUUUUGCCAUGUCGCGCAAACACAAGAUUGUCGAGGUGUUUAAACAACAACAAGCCAAAGAGAAUGAAUCGCUGGCAUCAAAGUUGCAAAAGAUUAAUACCAAGUGUUUCUCCAUCUCUCAGAAAAAAGAGAUGAAUGAGUUGCAACGAAGAACUGCCUUUGAAACACUCAUCGUCGAGCACCGUAGAACAACUGAAAAGUUUUUCAAUCGAGUGUUAAAGAGUCUUACAACUGAUCGCACACCAUUUGGAUACAGAGAGACAGUACUCCCUAAAAAACUGUAUAAACUACACAACCAUCAGAAUGACCUACGCCAAUUCUUGGUCAUGAAACGUGACUAUAAUGGAUCGGAUCACCAAGGUGCAGCGAUUAGUUUGACAACAACCAACCACCAACAAUUGUAUCAACAACAACAACAACAACAAAAACAGGAAAAGGAAAAAGAAGAGAUACUAAAGAAACUAAUCACCAAACAGAAAAAGAAAUUGGAAGAAGAAUCUACACUUGAAGAUGAUGGUGGCGGACUAGUUGGAUUUGAAAUUGAUAAUCUUGGUGAAAAUGAAACAUCAAUCAUACUUGAUCAAGCUCAUGAACAAGAUUGGUGUCUUGUUACUGAUGGUCAAUCAAGUAAUACUACUACCACUACUUCUAUAGGAGGAGGUAGUGGUUCAAUGACGACUACUACAACUACAACUUCAACUACUCCAAUACAUAGCAAUUGUACAAUUAAUAAUAUGAAGAAUCAUCCAGAUAGCUAUGUUGUCGGAGGUGUUGGAGGUGGUGGAUUUAACAAUUCAACACAAUCAGUGGUUUACAAUACAAUUGGAGAAUUGAUCAAACCAUUGAUGAUUGUUAGAUGUCAAGUGAUACUAUUCCCUAAUAGAACAUUGGUAUUCUCACCGGUUGGAAUGAAACAAGAGGAUGAGAGUAUCCCAAGAAACCAUCUACGUGAUCAAGUAUUUGAUAUUAGAAAAUUGACUGGCAUUCAUUUUAGAAGAUAUCUCUUGCUUCCAACUGCACUGGAAUUAUUUUUCAAUGAUAAAACUCAAUCGGUGUUUAUCAACUUUCCAUCGUCACAAGUGGUUGCGCAACUCAUCAAAGCCAUCACACCAAUCAUUGUCGAUUCAGGUGUCCUAUUUAAAUCCUCUUCCAGUCAUCCUUCUUUUCUAUUUGACCGUGCGUCACCACAAGAAAUGGUACUAAAGUAUCUAUCCCCAACACAACGAUGGAAAAAGAGAGAAAUUUCAAACUUUGAAUAUUUAAUGACACUCAACACUAUUGCCGGUAGAUCCUAUAAUGAUUUAAAUCAAUAUCCUGUAUUCCCUUGGAUUUUAUCAGAUUAUCAAUCAGAUGUAAUUGAUUUAAAUGAUCCAAGUAUAUAUAGAGAUUUAUCAAAACCAAUUGGAGCAUUAAAUUCAAAUAGAUUAGAAUUAUUUGUUGAAAGAUAUGCACAAUGUCCAAAGGAGAUACCUGCUUUUAUGUAUGGAACUCAUUAUUCGUCGAGUGGCAGUGUUAUGUUCUUUUUGAUGAGAAGUGAACCGUUUACAUCACACUUUAUCAAGUUACAGGGUGGACAUUUUGAUCAUGCCGAUCGUAUGUUUGACAGUAUGGCCGAUUGCUGGCGCAAUUGUCUCAACAGCUCAUCCGAUGUCAAAGAGUUGACACCCGAGUUUUUCUAUAGCCCCGAUUUCCUCGUCAACAACAAUCAAGUGUAUUUUGGAGUAAAGCAGAAUGGAAAACCACUCGACGACGUGGUUUUACCGCCAUGGGCACACGGACAGCCACACAACUUUAUCGCCAUGAACCGUAUGGCGUUGGAGAGCGAGCAUGUGUCUGCUUCGAUACAUCAUUGGGUCGAUUUGAUAUUUGGAUACAAACAAAAGGGAAAAGAAGCGGUCAAGGCAAACAAUGUGUUUUAUCAUUUGACGUACGAGGGAAGUGUGGAUAUUGGUGCAAUGCAAGACACUAUUUUGAGGGAGGCUACACGUGUACAAAUCAACAAUUUUGGUGUCACACCGAGUCAGAUAUUCCACCAACCACAUCCACCUCGCGACCCUCCCAAACAUCCACGUGACAAACGUAUUAUCCAACUCAGACGUCUCAAACCCCUUCAAAUGGUUUCUGUGCCAUUUGUCCCAAUUAAAUUGUUUUUGUUCCAAAAUAUCAACUCGUCAUCAUCGUCUGGUGCGACGGUCAAUGUCAUUGGCGCACGAAACAAUGAUCAAGCGGACCGAAUCCUAAUCAUUGGCAGUAACAAUGAAAUACAGUAUCUUCGAUACGAAUACGACAAGGAAAAAGAAAAGGAAAAGGAAAGAGAAAAAGAAAGACAAGAAAAGGAAAAGGAAAAACAAGACAAGUCGAUGAUUAUGAAUCAACAACAACAACAACAACAACAACUACAAAAACAACAAGGCUUCACUGCGCACGAGAAUAUGUCAGCCAUUCUGCACGAUCCCGUCGAACCAACGGGUGAUACUGGCAGCUGGCAAGUUUGA